CUUUAAAAAACCCAACAGAGGGUUGGGAACUCCCUCUUCAGUCUUCACUACAAGCCACAAAGUCAACAGCUUCAGAUUACAUGUUUGACAAUGUGAAUAGAGACCUCGUACCAUCUUUAACUCCUGCUCGCCAGAUCAAGCAGGUGUGAGCUCCAAGGGAACAUCUCUUCGACCUAAGAUCUGCAGGUUUCUUGUGGAGAAGUAAUGGAGCAGCAGAAUUCCCAAAUCCAAGUCCCGAAAGUGAAAUUGGGCAGCCAAGGCUUGGAGGUUUCUACUUUGGGCUUUGGAUGCGGAGGACUUUCUGGAAUAUUAAAUGCUCCACUCUCCCAUGAAGCUGGAUGUUCCCUUAUAAUUGAUGCAUUUCAGAAGGGUAUCACCUACUUCGAUACAGCUGAUAUCUGCGGACAAAAUCGUGACAAUGAGAUAAUGGUCGGCAAGGCACUGAAGCAGCUGCCUCGAGAACAAAUUCAGAUAUCCACGAAAUUCGGAAUUAUCAUGUCCGCCGAUAUGAGUCAUGUAGAGGUCAAUGGUACCCCUCAAUAUGUGCGCCAAUGCUGUGAAGCAAGUCUCAAAUGGCUUGAUGUGGACUAUAUUGAUCUUUAUUACCAGCAUCGUGUGGACUCCUCUGUGCCAAUAGAGGACACUAUGGGCGAGCUGAAGAAGCUAGUGGAGGAGGGGAAAAUAAAGUACAUUGGAUUAUCGGAAGCCAGUGUAGACACAAUAAGGAGAGCACAUGCUAUCCAUCCAAUCACUGCUGUGCAAAUGGAGUAUUCUCUGUGGGCUCGUGAAAUUGAAGAGGAUGUACUUCCAUUGUGUAGGGAGCUUGGAAUCGGGGUAGUGGCAUAUAGCCCUCUUGGUCAUGGGUUCUUUGGUGGGAAGGGAGUUGUGGAAAGCUUGCCUUCAGAAAGCUUUUUGGCUUGGCAUCCAAGGUUCACAGGGGAGAAUUUAGAGAAAAACAAAUUUCUCUAUGCUCAUUUUGCAGACUUGGCAGAAAAACAUGCCUGCAGCCCUGCUCAGCUAGCUUUGGCAUGGCUUCUCCAUCAAGGAAAUGAUGUCGUUCCGAUCCCCGGAACAACUAAAGUUAAGAACCUUGAUGCCAACAUUGGAUCUCUGACAGUGAAGCUUACAACCAAGGAUUUGAAAGAAAUUUCUGAUGCAAUUCCUACUGAUCAAGUGGGUGGACAAAGGCAGGUCCAGGUCUUUCUUCCAUUUUCUUAUAGGUCUGCAAAUACCCCACCAAAAGCAUAAACUCCAGUUUAUAAGUAGUACUUGUGAAUGCUGGUGGAAGAGUCGUUCUCUUAAUAACUGAAAGAAAUCAAUUGCUUGUGAAUGUGUGUAUUUUAUCUACCUCAGAUGCUAUGUGUACUGAGGAACGAACAAAUGCUGCUUUUAUCUGAGGGUUUUAUAUGUAUAGAAUUUUGAUUUUUAAAGCGA